UCACUGUGGAAUUGGGUACCCCUACUCUGGCGCCUCUUUUGGGUCGCUCCCUGGAGAAAAGCACGCCCCCUGCUUGCGCUCAGUCGCUACUUCCGCCCUCUAGUCUCUCCGAGCAAGAUGGCGGAGGAGCCACAGUCUGUGUUUCAGCUUCCUCCCUCAAGUGCUGCUGGAGGCGAAGGUCUUACGGAGGUCUCCCCAGAAAUAACCACUCCGGAGCCCCCUUCUUCCGCUGCAGUUUCUCCGGGAAUAGAGGAACCUGCUGGCGACACCAAGAAAAAAAUUGACAUUUUGCUGAAGGCUGUGGGAGAUACUCCUAUUAUGAAAACAAAGAAAUGGGCAGUAGAGCGAACACGAACCAUCCAAGGACUCAUUGACUUCAUCAAAAAGUUUCUUAAACUUGUGGCCUCAGAACAGUUGUUUAUUUAUGUGAAUCAAUCCUUUGCUCCUUCCCCAGACCAAGAAGUUGGAACUCUCUAUGAGUGUUUUGGCAGUGAUGGUAAACUGGUUCUACAUUACUGCAAAUCCCAGGCAUGGGGAUGAACCACAAAGAAAAUCAACUUACUACAUGAGAUGGAUUUUCACAGAAGAGACAGCUCUGAAAAGUUUUGAUGCUUGUGGCAAGAGACUUGACAGAUGUCAUCUAUUCAGCAUGUGUCUACUCUGUACAUAAGAAAACAUCCAUAGCAUGAGUGGACUCACAAAAAUGUGAUUUGUAUUAAUAUUUAAAUCAUCAUAAAACAUGGUCGUUAUAGUAUACCCAUAGCUCCUACCCGUUAGAAUUGUUGCUGGAGAUCUGCCUCUGAGAUUGAAAAGGAGACAAAGACUGUGUAAAUGUCUUCAUUGCCAGUUCUCAAAAUGACUGAAGUUGUUUUCAUGGUAAAAGUUAAUUUACUAAAGAGUUCCUUUUUUUUUUUAAUGUUUACAUUUAUGUCUAUGGUGGUUACCUUCUUAAACAGUCACAUUGACCUGCUGGCUGAAUACCUCAAAUAGUCCAGUAGAGGGCAGCCCACCAGGCGGAAAAGGUUAGGCACUUUGGUUUCACAUCUUUGCUGGGGAAUAACGGGAAAUGGCUGUUUGGCUAAUUUUUAGCUAAUAUCUAGCCAGGAGAGCAAGCAUGUUUGAUAGAUUGAAAGACUAUAAUUUUAGACAAUAUGCAUAGUUCAAUUUUUUUGGGGGAUACAGAAACAUACAAAUUCUGGAAAAUAAGUCAUAUACCUAUUUUCAGCCCUAUCAUUUAAGGAUUCUUGAGUCUCAGUGAUGUAACUGUGGUGUUACUUUGUCAUUUAUAGUGUCAAAAGCACUUGAUGAGUAAACUCAGUAACAUCUUUUUGAAUGUUUCAGAAUGCAUUUUUCAACUUGAAAGCACGCAAUAAUUGAAAAGUAGCCUUAAUGUGUAUUUUAUGCCAUGACUAAAAGUACCACUUUUACUGAUGCUAUUAGACUGAUAAUUUCUGGAAGUGAGAUUUAACUUUUUUUUUCUUCCUUCUGUAUUUGUAAUGCCAUAUUUUUAGAAAGCAUUCCAGAUUAGGCAUGGUGGCUUACAGCUGUAAUCCCAGCACUUUGGAAGGUCAAGCAAGGUGUGGGGAUUCUGUGAGGCCAUGAGUUUGACACCAGCCUGGGUAAUAAGACAAGACCCCCAUUUCUCCAAAAAUAAAAAUGAAAAUCAUUAUUAGGCUGCAGAGGCAAGAGGAUCCCCUGAGCCCAGGAGUUCAAGGGUAUAGUGAGCCAUGAUUGUACCAAUGCAUCCCUACUGGGCAACAGAAUGAGACCCCAUCUCAAAUGGGAAAAAAAAGGCAUUCUAAUAAAUUGAAUGGAAUGUGAAUGAAAUUUCAAAACAGAAUCUCAAAUGGUAUGUAGUAGAAUUCCAAGUAUUUAUAUCAUUUGAGUUUGGAAAAGGUCUGUCCUCUAGUUUUGUCCAGUUUACUAAAGGAAGUGAAUAUAUUCGCAUAUUUAACAAAUAGCAAAAAUAGGUUGAAUUUGUGUAUUAUGUUUGCCACUGAGGUUUCAGAUGAUAGACCUCAAAAAUCAAAAAUGCUUGUUGAA